CCGUGGCUGAUCAGUGAUAAGCAAGAGAGCGAGCGUUGCUGAUCACUGGUUGUCUACGACGACGACAUGAAGCCGGGAGCUGUGGCGUCCAGGUCCGGCAGCACGGUGGCCUUCUCGUGGGAGCAGGAGCCGGGAGUGUCCAAGCAGAGCAGCCCCUUGGAGGCCAGGAAGACGUCGGCGGCGGCGGUGGGCACGGAGGUGGACAGCAGGAAGACGCCAGCGAGCUCGAUGGAAACGGCGGCGGCGCACCCGCACCUGCUGCUCGUGCCGCCGCCGCCGGGUGGGCCUGGUGCACCGGUCGUCUCGCCGCCUGGGAGGAGCAGUAGGCCGAGGAGCCGCGACGUCAGGCAGGGGAAUGACCCGUUCCUUGCGGCGUACCUGGCCUGCACCGACAACGGCAGCAACGGCGGGAGCGGGAACGCGGCGAGGGAGCUCAAGUCGGGCCAGAGGCUGCUUGGAUGUGCCGGGCUCGGUAGAUUGGGGUUCUCUUGCAAGAGUUCGUGUCAGGCCGUGGAGGCGAGCCUAGUGAGACUGGCCAAAAUACCCGAAAUCGAUGAGGAUUGAAUCCUUCCAUCUCUGCUGUUUCGUGUAGCUCCAUCACGUUUGUUCGUGAGUAAUGCAAGAGCAUAUUUCUAGUGCUAUUUCUUGUUGUAAAAGGUGCUCCUUUUCUUUCUUGUUCGACCAAUAGAAGACCUCAUGUAGUGACCAAUGAGAAAUACUUUCUGUAA